AUGUUCCGACCUGACUUCAUGGAUGACCCCAUGGAGGGCGUUAUGGGCGGGAUGAUGCGUUCCGGUGUUGCAGCUCGCCGAUUCGAUGAAUACUACCGCUGUUAUCCCGUUGCGAUGCUUCCUGGACCUGAGAGAGAGAAUGUGAACCACGGCGGCAAGGUCAUCAUGCCGCCCAGCGCUUUGGAUAAGCUUACGCGCCUGCACAUUACAUAUCCCAUGCUAUUUGAGCUGCACAACGGCGCCAAGGAGAGAAUGACACAUGCUGGUGUUCUCGAGUUUAUUGCCGAGGAGGGCAAGAUCUAUCUCCCAUUCUGGCUCAUGCAAACUCUCCUCUUGGAGCCUGGUGAUCUACUCCAGAUCAAGUCAACCGAUCUUCCCCCCGGUCAAUUCAUCAAACUUCAAGCACAGUCAACCUCUUUCCUCGACAUUAGCGACCCCAAAGCCGUUCUCGAAAACGCCUUCCGGAACUUCUCGUGUCUUUCCAAAGGUGAUGUUUUCACAUUCGCAUAUAAUGAUCAAGUCUACGAAAUGGCGGUUCUCGAAACAAAGCCUGCAGGGGCCAAGAGUGCGGUGUCUGUGUUGGAAACCGACUUGGAAGUAGAUUUCGCUCCCCCGGUUGGAUAUGAAGAGCCCCAACGCACUAGUGGCACCAGCACGCCCGGAAGUGUCGUCAGCGGAGGCAAGGGAAAACUCCCAGCUGGUGGGCUUCUUCAUCCUCAUGGUACCAUGGCACAAUCUAUCAACUACUCCGCCAUUGCACCUGAGGCGACCGAUGCUGCGGCUGGUGCUAGGGCCGUGUCCUCCAACUUCUUGUCAGGAGGGCAACGCCUAAGCGCAAAGAAGGGCAGCAAGGCACCUACUCCUCAAGCUUCUACUCCUACCCCGGGAGCCACCAACCCCCAACACCCUCCCCCAGCCCGCAAGACCAAUGGUCCACAACCUCUGCGUCUUCCUCCCAACCAGCUCUUCUUUGGAUAUGCCAUUAAACCGGUUAAACCUCGUGAUGAGAACGGCCAACUUGUUCAAGAAGAUCAGCCCAAAUUCCAGGGGAUCGGUCACACUCUACGAGGGAAGAAGAAGGAUGCAGGAGGGACGGCUACUCCCACAUCAGGAAGCGAAGCCGACAGCCAAAAGGGCAAGGGUAGCUCGAGUGGGCGAACUCUGGGCAAGCGCUAG